AUGUCUCACUCGUCGAGGGUUGCAUCUUUCGCUUCUGUUCAUCAAGGCACCUACGAGGCCAGCCUGGAUAUUGCCAAUCCUCGUCAUCCUACAUACCAACAGCCAGAACUCUUUAAUGUCACGCCAUUUCCCGGGAGCGCCAUCAUGCCCGACGUGCAGUUUGACCCUCAAGUUGCUUCUCACGCUGCGGACGCCGACCUACGCUCUCUCGAACGCGAGGGCCUCGACUGUCCUGCAAACUGCAGUACUGUGUACAAUUCUGAGCAGGAGCUGCGACAUGCCCUUGGGCUCAAUUAUGACGAACCGAUCAGCCUCAGUCUUCUCUCGCCAACGUGGCCCGACACCUACACCUUGCCACUGUUGGCGCAGCUCGCUAUCCUGGGGUCACCCGGAAGAAGGUUGACUGUACGAGAACUUUAUGAUGCCCUCACGUCUUUCCGGGAAAAGGGAGAUGAUAAAUGGCGGCGCAGUCUACGUCAUGCCUUGUCGCUGCACUCCAUUUUCCAGAACGUCCGGAGGCCCCCCACGGCGCAAGGCAGAGGUGGGUACUGGACCGUGGACUACUCUCGUGCCCAUGAGAAGAAGCAAAGAAAGCGCCGUGCGAAAGGUUCCCAGAAGGCCCCGGCUCAAGAAGAACUACCGUCCGCCAGUCGUAUAAAUGAGCUUUCUGCCUCGCUAGAAGACAACGGACGCCGGGUCGGCGAAGACGGACCCCGCUCGUAUAAGACUCGUCGUCACUCUCGUCUGGAUGUCCCGCCGUACAUCGCCCAUAAAUCUCGUCAAGUUCAUUCGAGCCGCCGCGCGCCCGACCCUCGUACAGCACAACCCCCUACACCUCGUCAGCGCCAAGCACAUCGAAGAUAUCGUUCACCCGCCGAGGAGACAUUCGCUGCCCUGAUGGAAAGUGGCCGUCUGCUGCAAAUGCCAGCUUCAUCGUCGCCACUCGCGGCCCCCCAACCUCUCCGCCCGUCUGCGCCUUGGUCUCACAUUGGCAGGCACCAUGACUAUGCAGCCGGAGAGCUGGAUCAGGGCACUUUGUCGCAGGAGGCUUUCCGUGUGCCCGAUGCGUCGCAGUACCAAUACCAACAGCACUAUUACCCACCGAUGCCACGGCUUCAGGGUUACGACGAAGCUCAUCAUGACCAACACGCCGCCUACAACCAGCACCACGAACAGCACGAGUCUCGAUCGGAGCAGCAAUCCCACUCGGACGCGGAUGCGGGCGCAGGUCGUACGUACCGCAACGGACAAAGUUCAUCAGCUCGUGCCCCGGGUCAGGUAGAUGAACGGUCGGGGUCCCACCCGGAGUUCGUGCAGGGGUCGUCACGCAGAACAUGGCACUGA